GCAAGGAGGGAAGGAGGCAAGGAGGGAGGGUGCAUCCUUGCUACGUCAUCGGGACGUCGCUGCCGCUUGCAGUGGUGUGAGCGCGCAGACAGCAGGCUGACAUUGACGACUCACCCCACGAACUCGCCGUGAAAAGGUCGUGGCGUUGACGUUGCCGCGUCUCAGGAGCUCACCGCGGCGCUGACUCGGCAUCCUUCCUUUCAUGCCUCGGGGCCGCGCCUGAAACCUCCGAGCCGCAGAACCCGACCGCCACCACCCGUGCAUCCAAGAUGGACGACGACGGACGCUACCGGGACAACCGCUCAGACUUCAUCCGCGGCGCCAAGGACAUCGCCAAGGUGGCCAAGAAGCAGGUGGGCAAGAAGAUGGGGCGCGGCGUGGACAAGGUGGCCGACGAGUACACCCGUCGUUCCUAUAAGCGCUUCGAGGAGGAAGACGACGACGACGACUACGCCAGCGGAGCGGGCGACGACGGCGGCUACCGUGGCAACGACAGCCGCGCCAACGACGACGAGGGCCAUAGCGACUCCACCGAGGGCCACGACGAGGACGACGAGAUCUACGAGGGCGAGUACCAAGGCAUCCCGCGGGCCGACUCGGUGGGCAAGGGCGGCGCGGCUGACGGGGUGGAGGCGCAGGCGCAGCAGUUCCGGGACAUGUCGGCGUACGAGGGCAAGCGGCGGAAGGACCAGGAGGAGCUGGCUCAGCAGUACGAGAGCAUCCUGCAGGAGUGCGGACACGGAAAGUUCCAGUGGACGCUCUACUUCGUCCUCGGCUUGGCGCUCAUGGCCGACGGCGUGGAGAUCUUCGUGGUCGGCUUCGUGCUGCCCAGCGCCGAGAAGGACAUGUGUCUGUCAGAGCCCAACAAGGGCAUGCUGGGUCUGAUCGUGUACCUGGGGAUGAUGGUGGGCGCCUUCGUGUGGGGCGGCCUGGCCGACCGCAUCGGCCGGCGGCAGACGCUGCUCAUCUCGCUCUCCAUCAACAGCGUCUUCGCCUUCUUCUCGUCCUUCGUCCAGGGCUACGUCUCCUUCCUCUUCUGCCGCCUGGCCUCGGGUGUCGGUAUCGGUGGCUCCAUCCCUAUCGUCUUCUCCUACUACUCGGAGUUCCUGGCUCAGGAGAAGCGAGGAGAACAUCUGAGCUGGCUCUGCAUGUUCUGGAUGAUCGGCGGCAUCUACGCUUCGGCCAUGGCCUGGGCCAUCAUCCCCCACUACGGUGAGACGCGUCAUAUCUUCACCUUUAAUCCGCGUUCUCCUGUCCAUGUUUUUGUCUCCGCAGGCUGGAGUUUCCAGAUGGGCUCCGCCUAUCAGUUCCACAGUUGGCGCGUCUUCGUGAUGGUGUGCGCCUUGCCCUCGGUGGCGGCCAUCUCGGCCCUCAGCACCAUGCCUGAGAGCCCCCGCUUCUACCUGGAGAAUGGGAAGCACGACGAGGCCUGGAUGAUUCUGAAGCAGGUCCACGACACCAACAUGAGGGCCAAAGGUUACCCAGAAAGGGUUUUCUCUGUGACCACGAUCAAAACUGUGAAUCAAAUGGACGAGUUGGUCAACUUGGGCGACGGCGCCGCCUGGCACCAGAAAUGGAGGAUAAAGCUCACCUCGCUUUUCCAUCAGGUGUGGAGUAAUUUCCUGACAAUUUUCUCCCCUGAGUACCGUCGCACCACCUACAUGAUGAUGGCCGUCUGGUUCUCUAUGUCCUUCAGCUACUACGGUUUGACCGUGUGGUUCCCCGACAUGAUCAAGUACCUUCAGAAGCAGGAGUACUCGUCACGCACCAAAAUCUUCUUGAAGGAGAAAGUGGAACACGUCACCUUCAACUUCACGCUGGAGAACCAGAUCCACCGCCAGGGAGAGUACUUCAAUGACAAGUUCAUGAACCUGAAGAUGAAGUCCAUGGUGUUUGAGGACUCGUUGUUUGAGGAGUGUUACUUUGAGGACAUCACCUCCAGCAACACCUUCUUCAAGAACUGCACCUUUAUCGCCACCCUCUUUUAUAACACGGAUCUGUUCAAGUACCGGCUGGUCAACAGCAAGCUGAUCAACAGCACCUUCCUGCACAACAAAGAGGGCUGCCUGCUGAGCGACGUGGGUGACGAGAACAACGCCUACAUGGUCUACUUUGUCAGCUUCCUGGGCACCUUGGCCGUGUUGCCCGGCAACAUCGUCUCGGCGCUGCUCAUGGACAAGAUCGGACGGCUCAGGAUGCUGGCGGGAUCCAGUGUGAUUUCCUGCAUCAGCUGUUUCUUCCUGUCCUUCGGCAACAGCGAGUCGGCCAUGAUCGCCCUGCUCUGCCUGUUCGGAGGCAUCAGCAUCGCCUCCUGGAACGCCCUGGAUGUGCUGACAGUGGAGCUCUACCCAUCUGACAAGAGGACCACGGCGUUCGGCUUCCUCAACGCGCUGUGCAAGCUGGCCGCCGUGCUGGGCAUCAGCAUCUUCACCUCCUUCGUGGGCAUCACCAAGGCCGUGCCCAUCCUCUUCGCCUCGGCGGCGCUGGCGGCCGGCAGCUUCCUGGCCCUCAAACUACCGGAGACGCGGGGUCAGGUGCUGCAAUAACCGCGGAGCCCACCACAAUUACUAUUACUACAGUACUACUACAACUACUACUACUACUACUACUACUACCCGACGGGCGAGGUUAACGGGGGGCUGCUGAGUGUUUUGAAGGAACAGCUGAAGAGUUCUCCACCUCCUUAGCCCUUUAAUCAUUUACCAUUGACCAUUAGAUCAGAAUUUGCAUUCUGAAGCCCCGCCCCCAAAAGUGUGCUUGGGUUGGAGGUUGGGGAAAUGGGGGCUCUUAAUGGCGAGCCAUGUAAAAUUGUAGAAAUGAUCGCUGAGCCAUUGCCUCCAUUCACUUACAUUCUUUUUUAAAUUAGCAACAAUUAAGCGUCGAAGCUUCGUUUUGUCGCCGUUGACUGCCAUUUUUUUACCCUUUAAAACACCAUUUGUCAUCGCUCCUAAUCGUUAAAUCUCUUGAAGGUUUGGAGCUGAUCAAAGAGUCCAAAGCACAACAAUGAUAUAUCCCCUUACUAUUGUGUUCCGGAGUGUGUUAUGCAUGUGCAAGUGUGUGUGUGUGUGUACUUCUACACCUGCUUGUUUAUUCAAUAGAACCAGACCACUGACUUUGGUAUAGUAGAAGCAGGAUGAGCGCCAUAACGUGUCCAUCUUUUCCACCGCACGGUACCGGCUCGGCUCUACAAGGCGAAGGAGACAGGCUGACAAACUGUGGGGGAGGACGAAGACAGGCAUUUUAUCUGGGAGGAGACUGAGGGCGGCAAGGAAAAGGGAUCGCUGCAGCAAAGUGGACACUUUGAUGCGUCUUAGAGCGGCGUUAGCGUCAGUACCCUCGUUUGUAGCCGCGUAUCCUUAAAUGUUGCGCUCGAUAAAGUGCAGUGGCCGUCGAGACCAGGGGUGUCUAAACUUUUUGACUUUGGGCCUUGGGCUAAAAGAAAAUUGACUGGGGGCCGAAAGCCAACUGCAUGUAUUUGUA